CUUGUUUUCGUAGGUAAAUAUGGGUUGUCGGAUAGAAUCCGGCCAUCACACCAUUUGGUAAUCGCCUCCGUUCGGGCCCAGAAAGUGAAACCUUCCUUCCCUCUUUUCCAAAGCAAAGAUCCCAAUCUUCCACUCACAAACACCAGCGACUCCAAUCUUCUUAGCAAGAAAGUAAGGUUACUUAGGAUCCCUGCAUAGCAGAUGGCAUUGAGGAACUUCUACAAUGAGAUCAAGGGACUGAAAGUAAAGGAACUGCCCAACCAUGUGAAGCCGAUGCUCUCCAUCAACUAUCUGAAGAGUGCAAUACAGAGAGGGCUGGACAACUAUCAUGCCAAGUACAUCCAAACCAGCUCCGUCGACCCACUCUUCCAUGUCUGUAUUGGUGGGAUGAUAUUCUCCUACCUGGUUACACUCCCUGAGGAACGACGCCACCUUGAGCACCAGCAGCAUGCUAAGGAGCACGGCCAUGGAGGUCACUGAUGAUCACUCAGUCAGUUAUUGCAGGUUCCCAUUUCUCGAGUGGGUGACAAUUGAAAUGACUACUGGUCUUCAGUUUUGAGAUCUUGAAAAUGUUAAGAGAUGCCGUCUUUUUAAUUGCUUUUUUCAGCGUGAAGCGAUACAAUAAAAUCUUCAUAAACACUGUGCACUGUACUUUUGUUUUGAGAUUGUCGAAUGAAUGCCUAUCAGGGGAAUUCAACUUUGUUCUUUUAUUUGUUUUGUUGCCGAGUCCUGUUGAGGGGACUAACAAUUGCCAAAGUUGUUAGAAACUUGUCAGUUUCAGCAACGAUAGGUUGCCAAGGUGACUGGUACGGCGCACCUGAUGAACGCAAAAAAUGAAGUAUGACCAAUUUGUAGGUUUAUCAUCUUUCCAAUUUUAUAAAGAGUCUGAAAUAUCUUGGAACUGUAUUUACUUGAA